AUGAUAAACGCGAAUAAUAACAAAGAUACGAGAAGAGAUUCGAAAGCAUGGACUCGGCAUGAAGUAUCGCGCUACGGAUGUCCUCAAGAAAGCGAUGAAAGUUAUAGCAGCUCAGAAGAAACGAUCUGCAAUUUCCAAGCCGAAGUAUCCAUGGAUAACCAUGGAUCUUUGGAAUACAAAACAACUUUGGGAUUCAAUAAACCUCAACAGCUGCAUCGAAAUCCCAUAUAUGAUGAACAUCCGGAGAAUCCGAGCAGAAUUGAUGUCUGCCGGAACUUUCUGGUCGAAACCGGACUGAUAAAGGAAUGCCAGGAAAUCGAUACAUUCCCUUCUCUUGAUGACUUGGACCUUCGGCAAACGCAUGCCGAAGGUCAUGUGAAUAGGCUGUUGAAGGAGGCUAUAUCUAUGGAUCAGGAAUCUCUAAAUCAUCUAUGUGAAGAUUAUGACUCUGUGUUUAUGACGCCGGGUUCGAUAGAAGCUGCAAAGUCGGCUGUUUCAUGUUGCCGUUGGCUAGCAGAAAGUAUCGUUGAAGAUAAGAUCCCAAAUGCAUUUGCUCUUGUGCGACCGCCAGGGCAUCACGCAGAUCGUUACUCUGCUUGUGGAUUCUGUUUGUUUAAUAAUGCCGCCCAGGCUGCUGAGGCAGCAUCCAACUUCGGAGCUGACAGGAUUUUGAUAGUUGAUCUCGACAUACAUCAUGGACAAGGUACUCAGCAAAUUUUCUAUGAUGAUAAGCGUGUAAUGGUAUUCUCUAUUCAUCGCUAUGAUGAUGGAAGGUUUUGGCCGCAUCUCAGGGAGUCAAAUUUCGACUAUAUAGGCGAGUCAGAAGGGAUAGGCUAUAAUGUGAAUAUCACAUUAAAUGAGCCCAACUGUGGUGAUGCUGAUUAUAUGGCCAUACUCUGGAAUGUACUUAUGCCAUUGGCACGCGAGUUUGCUCCUGAUUUUGUUAUCAUUUCUGCAGGUUAUGACUCAUGUGAUGGUGAUCCCCUUGGUGGGAUGCGGCUAUCCCCAGAUGGUUAUUCACACAUUAUUUAUCAUUUGAGUUCACUAGCCCGUGGGAAGGUGCUGUUGUUACUUGAGGGUGGAUACAAUCACAGUGUCCAGUCCGUUGGUGUACAUAGAUGUUUGCGGGUUCUCUGUGGGUAUAAGCCAUUGCCAAUUACUUUGUCAAUACCUGCGAAGGCCAGCACCGUAGUGUCAUGCCUCAACGUUAUAUCUCUUCUGAGAGGAUUCUGGACAUGCUUCGAUUACUACAUCAGCACGCAUAGUAAAAGCAAACACUGGACUUUACAUCAUCCCACCGUAAUCUACGAUCCGCCCAAGGAGGAAGAAAAAGAAAAUACUGGCAACAUCGUGCAAGAGAAUCUUGUUAAAUAUGAGUGGGCAACUCUAGCGCCCUCUCCUUCAAAGAUGUUACUCGUUCACAACGGUGACACGUCCAAACACUUCAGUACAGUUGAAGAUGAUCAUCCGGAAGUUCCGGCUAGAACACAAAUGAUUUUGGCGAAGUUGGAAAGUUCUGGGCUCACGUCCAAAUGUGAGGUACUUCUGAAUGAACGCUUUGCUAGCGAAUCCGAGCUGGAGGCUGUACAUGAGAGACCCUACAUACAAAAAAUGAGGCGAACUACGGAGAUGACUGAUGCUGAGCUGAGGACCACCGAAGAGGGACUGAAUUCUAUCUAUCUUACUCGCGAUUCAUUUCCAAUCGCUUGCGGAAGUGCUGGCGCGGUACUUGAGUGUGUAGAUCGAGUUUUGACUUCUUGGAUUGGAGAAUGGAACGCGUUCGCCCUAGUCCGACCACCAGGACAUCAUGCGGGAAUUUCGGAGCCUAGCGGCUUUUGUAUCUUCAACAAUGUCGCUGUGGCAGCUCAGUAUGCUCUCGAUAAAUACGAUCUGCAACGAGUGCUCAUCUUGGACUGGGACGUACAUCAUGGAAAUGGUACUCAAGAAAUUUUUUGGGAGGACAACAGAGUUUUAUACAUGUCCUUCCAUCGACACGAUGAUGGAACAUUCUACCCGAUGGGUGAACCCAAAAAUUUUCUGGACGCCGGAGAGGGCAAAGGCAAGGGUUUCUCGGUCAAUAUACCAUGGAACUCAUGUAAGAUUGGUGAUGAUGCGUACCGUGCCGCGUUCACCAAGAUCAUAAUGCCUAUCGCUUAUGAGUUUCGGCCAGAGUUAGUCUUCGUCUCUUCUGGAUUUGACGCCGCUACUGGUGAUCCGCUUGGCGAAUGCUUUGUCAAUCCCGAUACAUACGCUUUAAUGACCUAUCAUCUUAUGGGACUGGCUGGCGGUCGACUCAUCACGGUCCUGGAAGGGGGCUAUAACCUGGACUCAAUUUCUGAUUGUGCCGCUGCAGUUUGUCAGACAAUGAUUGAAGGCUCUCUGAGGCACUCAUACACAGCGAAAUCGGAAGGAACCCCUCAAAAAAAGAGACUCCAAUGUAAAGUCUGGGAGAGUAUACGAGGCGUUGCCGCUGUUCAGGAUCACUAUUGGACCUGCCUGAGAGGUUUUCAAAAGUGCUUCCCUCAAAAGAUGCUCAGAAGUCAGAAGCUGAAGCAUGAUCGACGAUCCGAUCAGAUGCUCGAGGCUCCAACGUCGACUUCCCCGCGAAGAUCUCCACGACUUGCAGCUAUGGCCGCAAUCGAAAAACAAUUGGAAAAUCUCAAACUCUCAUGAUCCAUUGAUUCGCUACCUUUCAGAAUAGUUUGUGCAGUUUUAUCAAAGCUACCUACAUCUGAGUCUCUGCUUGUCAUGAGUUUGUGAUAUGUAUACAUUUACUGCAUUUUGUACAUAUAUCUUUGAAUGCUUCAUAAAUACUUUGUAGAGCA